GAGGGAAGAACACAGUGUUCAAGAUGCCGUCUACCUGCUGUGUUAUAAACUGCAAUAGUCGUUCUCACGAUAGAAGUGGCCUAAAAAAAGAAGUGGCCUUUUAUCGUUUUCCAGCGUGGAAAAAUAAUAGUACAAGCCAUGUUUCAGAGGUGACAAAAAGGCGACGAAUGGCAUGGAUAGCAGCAGUAAGGAGGCCCAAGAUUACCUUCGAUAACACUCCACCACACAUGAUGGUGUGUUCAAAGCAUUUUCACAAAGGCAAACCUGCCUAUGAAAUGUUGGAGUGUGAUCCUGACUGGGCCCCUUCUCUGUACCUCGGCCAUACUGAGGUCAAAGCUACGAACACAGACCGGUUCAAGCUGUUUAGGAGAAGAGCGACGAGGUCACAACAACAGCAACCCCCAUCGCUAGGCACUGACAACACUGGUCCUGAGGCUGAGUUGGAAGCUCACAUGAAUCAACCCCCAUCGCCAGGCACUGACCACACUGGUCCUGAGGCUGAGUUGGAUAAUGCAGCACCUUUAUACCCAGACAACACUACACCUGCACCUGCAACUGAGAUGGAAGGUCCCGUGAAUCCACCCCCAUCGCCGGGCACUGUCCACACCGGUCAUGAGACUGAGUUGAAUGAAGCAGCACAUUUGUUCCUUGGCUGCCCUGGUGCUUUAAACGAUGUUGAGUCUGUAGACUGGGCUCCUACAGUUAACCUCGGUUAUCAGAAAGGUAAGCCCAUGUCAGAAGCAUCGCAUAUACGAGAGGAAAGGAUGAAGUCCAGAGACGAUCAACGUAGAUACGCAAAGGCCUUGCUGGAUCUCCAUGAGUCAGCUGAGAACCCAGAGCCAGAUGACAACACAGAGAUGUUACAUGAUCGACAAGGAUCACGGCCGUUUCAGAAGAACCGGCGGCGCCUGUGGCUGCAGGCGAUUAAACGUGUUGAUUGGAGUGAGGACAUAAUAAAAAAUGCUCGCGUCUGCAGCGCCCACUUUAUAUCAGGUGAGGCGUCAUUGGACUCUAGUAGUCCUGAUUUUGUGCCUUCUGUGUUUGUGUACACAAAACCGAGCCAGAACCCCGAAGCAAAGUUGGAGAGGAAAAGGAGGAGAGAUGAUAGACCUAUAACGGCAGCAAAACUAUGUGUUUCUUCUAAAACUCUGAAACAAGAAUGCAGCAUGGAUCAUUGUCCAGGCGUGAAAACUUCACCCCAAACUGCAACUCUAGGGUGUGUAAUUGGCAUUUCUCCAAUGGCAAAGCUGCUGGGCCAUCACGAUUCGCAUGGAAUGAGGGGAAGACAUUCCAAUUCACUGACCACCUCAGCCAUACCCCUAAAUGGAAGAAACAAAUGGUCCCAAUCAGUGAGUGGAGUUGCUGCAGAAGAUGAUUUUGAUGAAGACUUUGAGGAUGACGAGGAAGAGGACGAAGAAGACCACAGUCUUGCCGAGGAUGGUUCAAAUAGCCUGAAAAGUGAACCCAAGGGAGAAUGGCUUACCAGAAGAAAUAACAUCAAGUUCAAGCAAAUAAAAGGUGCAUCCACAAAACGAGUCUAUACUCGCUCUGAUGUAGCUCUUGGGCAGCUGACCAAACGCUUCAUGCAGUUACUUCUCACAGCGCCGAAUGGAAUCCUUGACCUCAAUGAGGCUUCGCAUAAACUGGGCUCACGAAAGAGGCGGGUCUAUGACAUCACCAAUGUGCUAAAUGGCAUCCAUCUCAUCAGAAAGACAUCCAAGAACAAGAUCCAAUGGGUGAGUUCAUCACCAGUCAGCUGCUUUGGAAGCCAGUGGACUACCAAGACAAAAGCUGACCUUCUUCAUCUAAAGUCUACCGAGGAGGCCCUUGACUGUCUCAUCAAAGACUGCGCCCAUCAGCUCUUUUCCCUGACCGACCUCAAAGACAAUGCUGACUCAGCUUAUGUCACAUACGAGGACAUCUGUCAGAUUGGAGUCUUCAUGGAUCAGACUGUUAUAGCCAUCAGGGCCCCAGACGAGACCAAGCUAGAGGUGCCCACUCCUACUGAGGACUCUAUCCAGAUCCACUUGAAGGGUUGCAGGGGCCCCAUCCAUAUACAUACUUGUGAGACAGAGGGACCAAGUGAUUCUGUGGAUUCAGCAAAAGCAGAAUCAAAACCUACCAGGCCUGUCUGCUUUCUAACGCUAGAGGAGAGCCGGAUACGCACACAACCACUUGUAUCAGAUGUUUCAAGCACUGUAGCAGCUGUACAGAGUGCAUAAGGACCAUAGAAACUAUAAAAGUGGAGCCUUUUGUUUCUUGGAGAACAGACAUUGUUGGAGAGACCAUUGUGCACACACACUCAAUCUCCUAGGCUUUUUAAGUUGAAAGGAAUAUUCCGGGUUCAAUACAAGUUGAGCUCAAUCGACAGCAUUUGUGGAAUAAUGUUAAUGACCACUUAACUGAUACAAUUAUGAGCAUCACAUUUCUACCUAUUCAAUUUUUUGCUUUUUGAUUUAAAAAAAAAUUAAGAAAAGGAGGGACUAGUUAAAAUUUUAAUUUUUGUAUUAUUUUUUGGUAAUCAAUAUUAUGCCACAAAUGCUGUCGGUUGAUCUUAACGUGUGUUGAACCCAGAUUAUUCCUUUAAGACAUCUAUUGUGCAGAAUUUUGGUUUGUAAAUACAUGUUUUUUUUUGAACAGUUGAGAGUAUUUUUAUAUAAGCAUUAUGUUAACCCAUCUAAACUUGUAGGAUGAUUUUGAAAAUGGAAAAUUCUUUCUUGGACUACAUUGUAGUGAAUAAAAUAAUGACUGUGAUGGUCAGAUAUGGAUGAAAUACUUGCAGUGUUUGAUC